UCAGCUUUUUAUAUAUUUUUGUAAAUACUAUUUUUUUAUAUAAUUUUUGUUUUUGUUAAACUAAUCUUCAAUUAAUCAUCCGUAAUUUAUGUGAAUUAUGUAAAGUCCACAAAAUUAACUAAAUACUACGCGAAAUUCCAAAUAAAGUUAGUGCAACUAAGAUAAAGCGAAAAAGUGCGAGCGCCAAUGCCUUGAAUGCCAUGAAGCAUUCACCUCAAAAUCGUACCCAAGCGAAACCCUUAAUUUCGCGCCGAUCCGCUUCGAUCUUCGACGCGCUUAAUCCCAGUUUGACUAACCUGGAAUCGUUGGCAUUGCAGAAAGCGUGGAGAAUUCUAGAACCAAAAUUGCGCUCGCUCUCCACCGAUAUACUUAUGGACCUCUAUUCGGAGCAUUACGAGAUUAUGGAAAAGUUUCGCGAUGAAAGUGGCAAAUUAUGUAACUAUGAAUUGAUAAAUUACACAACUUGGCUGCUACGGCUUUACGGCACGAUUAUAAAUAAUAAAGUAGAUCCCAUUAAAACGAAGAAAAUAUUGGAACCCUUGAUAGAGAAGCUGAAGAAGUAUUCCAUGGAUGUGGUUUGCGUAAAGCUCCAGUUGGAGGGUAUUAAACAUUUUAUAUUUGCUGAACUACGGAAUGCCUUAUCGCCCACAUCGAUCGAGGCCUUCAAUAAGCUCCACAACACUAUUAUCAGAUAUGUUCAUAUAAAACUUAAUUUACAUAAUAUACAGUGAAUCAAAAAAAAGAUUAGGCGCACCGUAAACUUUAAUUUUUAUUCCAAAAUUACAGUGGUCUCUUUGUAUCUACAAAAGUAAUAAUAAUAAUGUGUUUCAAUUUCAACAAGAUGCUGCAAUGCGUCCCCAAACCAUUACGUUACCGCCGCCAUGUUUCACAGUCUUAAUUAUAUUAUUUUCCUGGAGUGGAGUCCAGAAAUAAUUGGCUUACGUCGCAGAACUGGCUCGUGAUAACCAGCUUUGUGUAAAGUGUUACGUACAGUUUGUGGCUCAAAAGUUUUUUCAAAGCUUUGUUGCAUCUUCAUCAUCUUGACACAGCUUUAAUGCUGAAAUCUUCGGAUUCUGAAAUACAGCUCCUUCCUGGCAUGGUCUGAAUUUUUUGGGCAUUAGCGCACUUGAACAAGGUCUCCAUACUAUAUGACCAAUUUCAUGAUAAGAUUUUUGCUGCAGGUUUA